AUGCCGAGAAAAAAAUCGACCAAAACUUCGGAGCCGGUCGAAGGCACCGAGUCCGAAUCCGCCUUGUACCUCGACGACAUCACUCCGGGCAUAGAGCGGCGGCGUAUUCGCCCGCCACACCUUCAGACCUCGAGCCAGACCAGUCCGAAGAAGGCGGCUUCAGCUACAAGUAGACUAUCGGAGCGACGGAAUGCCCCACCAAAACUGCGAUUCGUUGGGCCGCAAUUGGAUCCAAAAGUUGGGAAAUGGACCAACGGCCAGAAUUUUUCGGAUGAAAUUGACGGUUUGAGCCAUAUUUUGGAUGAGAUUCGAAGUCCAGGUGGAAGUAAUGGAAAUAUCGGGUUAUGUGUAAGAUUUUCUUUGUUGGAUUUGAUUCUAAAUAGUUUGAUUAGACUUGGAACAUCCUAUUUUACAAGAUUGACAUUAAUUCCAAGAUUUUUUGAAAAUUUUAUAAAAAUUUAUAUUACACUAGACAAAAAUUGAUGAUUUUUAUGCGAAAUAAUGAUGAAAUUGAAAAUCAAAAGCAUUUUUAAGACUUAAAAUGACUUUAAAUUGUGUUUUAGGACACAAUUUUUUAUGGAAAGCUCAUUUUUCACUUAUUUUACCUAUCUUUUUUUUCUCUUCAGAUCUCAUCCCCCAAGCCAAGACCAAUCAAACCAUCGCAAUUGCAAGUGGUUUUGAGUCCCAAAGAACUCGAAAAAAGUCCUCAGGUAUUUUUAUUCAAUUUUUUUGAAAAAAUUUGACUUUAUUUUAGGUGAUUUUUUGUAUAAAUAUCCGUUUUUUCUCCCAUAUUUUACCCUAAAAUUAUUUCAGAAGCCUACAUCACCUCAGAAAACCCCUUCAAAUCCUGAAAAUUCGCCUAAAAAGCCGGCAGAAUCGCCAAUUUUUGCGAAGAUUAAGGUCGAAAUUGAGGACCCCCCAAAAAUCGUCGAAGAAGAGCCCGUAAACUUGCGUAAUACGAUAAAACAAGAGCCCACAGAGCCUAUUAUCUCUCUGGCUGCUCUAUUUCGAGAUUUGCCGGAUUUCGAAAACACCGAAAAUUUGGGAGCGCCAUCUGAAAAAUCGACCGAAAUUGAUGGAAAUCUGGGAAUAUCGCCGAAGAAUCGAGCUGAAAUUGAUGGACAAGGAAGUCAGAGGAAUGGGGGAGGCCUAGGAGACAGUAAUUUGGCGAAUCCAAGCGGGAAAAAUCCAAAAAAUGCGAAUUUGGAGAGCUCGGUCCUCAUGGAUAAUAUCGAAAAUGCCCCGAAACCGGCGAAAAAGAAGGUGGGACGUCCGCGAAAGGAUCAAAAGGCAGAGAAACCUAAAUUUGGGCGAAAUGGUCGAGUCGCGAAGAAGUAUAAGUCGAAAAUAAUGUUGGCCCGCCAGAGAAUGGAAAAUGCGCGAAAAGCCAAGGCCAAAAACAAAGAGUUGGUCGAGAAGGCGAAAGCAAACCGGAGUAGACUCUCUCAAGCCUCGAAGAAUUCGGAUGGUAAGUUGGAGAAUCGUUUUUAUUUUAUUUUUCUGACCUUAUUUUAGGUUCAGAUGACGUCCAAAAUCUUGAUGUCCCGUUCGUCCCGAUUGAUAGUCAAGUUCGGCUCGUUGAAGAUAUAACAAAGUCAGAGAGUGUUGUAGAUGAAGGGGAAGUUGAAAAAUUGGAGAAAACCAUCGCUGUGAAGGAGGAAAUACCGAGUUGUUGUGACGAGAAAAGUGAUAGAUCUCGAUGCGAAAUAACUCCUCAAUUCGGCCCAAAAACCCCAACCAUGUCAGCCGAAACGAUCGAAACUAUUGAGAAGGAGUCAAAAGCAACUCAUGAAGUCAAAGAAGUCCCAAAAAUUCAGCCAGCGUCAACUCCAGAAAUCGAGAUUUUGUCGGGACCUCCAAAAAGAAGAGGAAUUGUCCCGGGACGCCAUCCACGUGGAGUUUUUAGACUCAGAAAACCUGUGGAAGGAAGUACAAUGCCUAUAGCGCCUACUGGUGUGUUUACAGUACCUCCGAAUGGCAGAGGAUUCAGAAUUUCACGGGAAAUUCCGCUAAAAAGGCCAUCUCAUCUAGUACAAUAUAAUUUUAAUGGAAUUUCGCGUUGUUCAAGUGGUCCAGCGCCUUCGAACGUCCCUGUACAGAGGCGGACGAGCCCAAGAAAGUCUGGGAAUCCAGAAAAUUCGAAAAUUUUACCGGCUGAUCCAUCAAAAUCAAGCUUGGCCGAAAAUGAAAAAAUUGGAAAUACAGCUCCGAAGAGUGGAUAUUUCCCACUGAUAAACGUUCGUACAGAAACUGGAAGAACUAAAAAUUUCGUUGAGAGGGUAAGAAGUCUAGAAUUCGUCUCAUUUCCCGUUGAAUUCGGCAUUUAUAUUAUACAUGGUCAUCAAGUGUAAUAUUCUUUAUUUCCAGCCAAUUUCACCGUCAUAUCCGGAAGUCCUGUAUCCCCCAGGAGAAUGGAAGAAAUGCGCUGUUUGUCGGCGGAGUUUGCCUCCGUUUAUUCAUGCACCGACUGAGAAACAUGCACUUCUUCAGUGGUCCUACCGACUGGGGACAAAUUUGCUGAGAAAAAGGGACGCAGUCUUUGUUUGUCGACAACAUUUUUGGUAGGUCUACAGGGAGGUCUGAAAGCAUGUCAGGCGAAAUUUUAGGGCAGUUGGAGUUUUUUGCGCGGUGUUAUAGCAGUUUUACAUUAUUUUAGACCAUUUUUGGCGAAAUUUUUUAUUUUUUCAAUUUUUUACUAAUUUUGGAAAAAUUUUUUGAUUUUGAUUCAGAGCUCAGACAUUUUUGUAUACGUUUCAAUUACUUUUUCAUUCAGAAAUCACUUUUUGAACCUAUUUUACCCAAAAAAUCAAAAAAUGCCACGAGCCGGGAUCGAACCGGCGACCUUUAGAUCUUCAGUCUAACGCUCUCCCAACUGAGCUAUCAUGGCGCAUGUUCGAACCCUCUCUUAUUUCCGUUUUUAUUGAUUUUUUCUUCAGCAGCGACGAAGAGCAACGGAAUGGUACUCCCCCGAAGAUUGAAAAUCCUCUGUUCGUAGUCCCAAAUAGUUUGGAGAACACCAGGAGGACUAGAGUUCAUGGCCGGAGGGGAGUAAAAUGGGAUGAUCUAGUUUUUGAAGUAAAAAAGUUUGAAAAUUGGAAGGAAAUCCUGGAAAAAUACGAAAAAUUGAAUGAAAAUCAACCGAAUUUGUUGAGUAACAAGAGAAAUGGUGAGAAUGGACCUUAUUUUACAUUGUUUUAUGCAUUUUUGUAAUUUUUUGGACAUUUUUUGAUUUUUGCCGUUUUAGAGCCUGAAAAAGGUAAAUUGCCCUCAAGCGCUGUGUUCAAAAAGGUGUUCGUGAAAGUGUCGUGUCCAGACAAUGUGAAAUUAGGUAUUUUUUCAAUUUUUUUGCGCUAAUUUUGUCGUGUUUUCACAUCCGAUGCCAAGUGUAAUAUAAUGAUGAUAUUGGUUUAGCUGUUGAUAGAGCACCCCUCAUAGACUCGUCAAGACUUCGUCCAGGCCUUGCGCAAGCCAUUAUGGCCAAGUCAUGGGUGUUGGAGAAAAUGCCGAAAGCGCAGCGACGGGCUUUGGAGGCUCAGUUAAACGCAACUCAACAGAAAGAAGAGGUCAAAAAAGUAGCAAAACAACUUGAUGAAUGGACUGAAAACUCCAUAUUGAUGCCGGAGAAUGUCGCGAUCAACGAGGAAGUCGGAACCAGCGGGAUUAUUCCAACGAAACAGAAAAUUUCACCUAAACCAACAUGGAAACAGCUUUUUUUGGCGAGAAUGCGGGAAAGAAAGAAGAAAAUGACUGAAGUGAUAAAUCUGGAACAAAAUGAAGCUCAGAAAGAACCGGUGGAAACAGUGCCGGAGGCCAAAAUCCCAGAGAAUCGGAAGAGAAAAAGAAAAGAAGCGGUGGUCAUGGAUGAUGAUGAAGAUAUCGUCGUAAUUCGAUAUGCAAACAUGCAGGAACCAGAAAACCACCGGAAAAAUGUCAAAGAGAUCUUGAGUGAGGAUUUGGGAAGAAAUUGUAGUCCUUUUGCAGAGUUACAGUAGUAAUAUUACACUUGGUUUUAGAGAGUGCCUCGAUCGAAGAAAUGCUAAAUGUUCAAGUGAAAGACUGGCUCGAUGGCGGGAAAAAUUCACGGGUGUAG